CCUCUCCCCCCAUUUCGUUGCUCCGCUUCCCUUCCGCUGCCUUGCGCUGUCCCUCAGCGGUUGGUGCUCUGACCUCAGCUGCUCCGCGGCUGUUUCUUGAGCUUUCUGCUUCAGUUAUCCCCACUGCUGACAGAAUACAGUACAACAGCUCUGUUCCCGUCAGCUGCUCUGUUGAAUCCUAUCAAGUGAUUCGCCACGUCAGGUUGAGCCACGUCUUUCCUUCGCCUCUUUGAUAAAUCUUUCGGUUGAGUCUUAGAAGCGAUCGACCAUGGCGACUGCAGUCCGCGCAGCCGUUUCCGCCGAGCUAGCCUCGGCUGCCAGCAGAGCAGCGACGAGGACAUCGACCCCGCUUACAUCCGCGUUCGUCGGCUCUUUCAACUCUCUCUCCACCGUCCCCGCCGCUCCUCUGCGCGCCGCAUCGGCCGCCAAGAGGCCAGUCGUCCGCGCCGCCGUCGCAACCGACAAACCCGCUACCGCGUAUCAGCUGCCCACGUGGGCGCGCUUCGAGCUCGGCUUAGCCUCCGUCUUCUGGGAAACUGCCACCGGCACCCGCCCUGCUUCCGGCGAGCUUAUGACCAUCUGGUUCAACCCCGAGGCAUCCACCCUCACGCCCAACCCUGAGUUUGGUGUCGCCUUCAACGGCGGGUUCAACAGCCCAAUCAUGUGCGGCGGUGAGGCGAGGCAAAUGACCCGCAAGGACCGCGGGCCGAACUGUGCUCCGCUGUUCUCCAUCAAGGUGAACGUGCCCCUGCACGCCAAGACAAUUGAGUUCUCGAUGACUGACGGCGAGUCGUGGGACGGGCCGUAUGUAGUGGAGAUGGAGAUUCCUCCUGCCUUCCGCAACCAGCCCAUGUCCUUCUUCAACGAGGGUCUGAAGAAGUCUCUGGAAGCGGAGGGUGCGUGCGACGACACCAUUUUCCCCGACUCGCAAUACGUGGCGGACCGAUGCAUCAUGCCGGGGGGGAUCGCCAAGGAAGAGGGUCAGUCGUGCCGGCUUGACCUUGUGCCCGGCUGCAUGGACCCCAGCUCGCCCUUCUUUGACCCCCUUGCCAAUGUUGAUGACGGCUCUUGCCCCAUUGACGUGCCCCAAAAGUAAUGCGGGGUGCUUGCUUGCUUGCUAGUUGUUGCGGAUGUAGAGUGGAGUAGAGGGGGGCUGUGGUUUGGGCUCCUCACCUCACUGUGGAGGGUUAUGGGUGAAUAUUUAGCACAACGUGAUGGGACUGAGGUGGUGCUGUACCAUCAGAAUGAUGCUUGUUAAUAGGGUACUUAUGAAUACAUGCUGGGAGGCGAGUGCUGAUCAUAUAUUGACCAUACAAGGGAAGGGACUGAUGUAACCAGUCUUAGGUUAAGUCCAGCAGAAUCUUUCAGGCAGAAGCCCUUGAGCGUUGGGCGAUGUUGCUGUUGGGCUGAGACUAGCCCUAGGAUCUUUUCAGAAGAUGAAGUCCUUGUAACGGAGUGCUCGAUAGUGUUAGAG